AAUUAACGUACCCGUUUUGGCGUUUCACACUGUCUUCUACUAUCAUGCUACGUUUGUGGCUGCUCGGCUUGCUUCUUUAUUGUUGUUUUGGUUGCUAAUAGAGCUGCGUUAUUACAAUUUGCUUUGCCUUUUAUGACAUUAACAAUUAACAUGUCACUGCUGCUUAUUUAUACGAAACGCAGUAACUCGGCACGAAUUACGUUUUGAUAGAGGCUUGUUUGAUACAGUGAGAUAUAUUGACAGUGACAGUUAAAAUGUUUUAUUUCGUCUAGCCUAUACAAAAUACACAAAGUCGCCUUCCAUAGCCAAAUAAUUAAGUUUAAAAAAAAACCCCAAAAUUGAAUAUACUGUACUGUCAGAUGGAGUUGCAUACUAUCUUCUCCUAAUUGAAUGAAGACAGUUCCAAUCUCUGUCACUGAUGCAGAUCUGUUGACUUCAGUUGUGGAAUCAGUAUUUUUGAGGCUGAUAAUCAAAAAGUUUACUGUAAAUUUUGGAAGGAUAUAUUGCGUACGUCAUCGUUAACACAACACUGUGUGAUGAGUAGCUCGAGCAAUCCUCACCACCGAUCACGAAUUCACAAGCAGGCAGUUAUUCUGCCUGGAACCGAGGGCUCUGAGACCAUGGACAAUGUGGCAGCGUCCGUUUCAUUUGGCAGACAGGUGGACAUAAGCGCUGACACGGAAUCGGUUGAUACGUACCACCAUCAUUCAUUUGGCAAGAAGUCAUUCCAUCGACCAACUUUCUGUCAUCAUUGUACGGAGAUGCUAUGGGGUAUUACGAAACAGGGACAAACAUGCGAAGUUUGUAAUUUUGUAAGUCAUGAACGAUGUCUAUAUAAUAUAGUUACACCAUGUUCUAGUGUCGCAUCAGAUAGAAUAAAGGAUCCGGUCCCCCAUACCUGGAGUGACCCUGUGCAAGCUCGCAAGAAAUUCUGCAAUGUGUGUCGGCGGAGACUUGACGAUAGUGUUGUCCUGCGUUGUGAAGUUUGUGAAUAUUACGCUCAUCUGGGAUGCCUUGAUUUUGUAGUGAGUGACUGUCGAAAGUGUGCAAGCUAUGUCCGUAACAAAGAUGCGAGCAAUGAGCAGUUUAAGCACCAUUGGCGUGAAGGCAACCUCCCUCAUAAUGGCAAGUGUGCACUGUGUAAAAAGACAUGUGGAACAACAGAAUGUCUCAGCAGCAUGAAAUGCAACUGGUGUUGGACAAUGGCACAUGCUGGAUGUUACAUGCAAUUACCUCAGACAUGUACUUUUGGGGCCCUAGCUGAAAUUCUUAUGCCUCAGUCUUGCCUUUCCAUGCCUGUUACCAAUGCUUUUGUCAAAGGAGAUCUCGCCUCCAAAGGUAAAAAACCCAAAGUGUCUACGUUUUUCGUUCCGACCCCGCCCACGUCUAAGCCAAACAAAACACCUCGUUCACGGCCUGUAUCUGAUGCGCAUGCUUCCCGUCAAGCAAGACGUCGAUAUCUGAAAGCCAAUAUGAUGGACAACUCGUCUGAAAACCGGGCAAAAGAUGAUUCGGAAACAGGUAAAGAGCCACAUGCAAUCACGAUGGUUGACUUUAACUAUGCCCAUGGACUGUUAAGGCAAGAGAGUGAUGUCAGUAUGAUAGAGGCUGGCCUAUUUUGUGCGUGCCCAGAUAAACCUUGUCCAGAUAAAGCUGACGGUCAGCUUGUGAAGAUCUAUGAUGGCUAUCUGUCAUUGCAAAAGAGGAAUUGCAAAACCAUCUCAGUUCCGAAGGAUGCAAGUAUACAGCAAAUGAUUGAGGCGGCUCUGAGAGCAUAUCUUAUCAAAGAUAAUGCUGUAUAUUACUAUUUAUCUGCUGUGACUGAGACAGAUGGAGAAAUAACGGAAAAGAGAUUGAGUGAUCCUGAUAACUUAGCAACCUUAACUAAGGUCUCAAUGGGAAAAGCGCCUUCACUGUUUCUUCGCUACGAGGACAAGGACACCCGCCGUGGAACAAUUAAGGUUUUCUCAAGUGAGCUAAAUACUUCAGUGCCCAGACCGAUCUCUAUUAAUUCACAUAUAUCUGUGGAGGAAGUUAUAGAAAUGGCAUUACACAAGUUCAGAAUUGAGGAUGCUGAUCCCAACGAUUAUUCAUUGUGGGAAGUAGUUUUGGACAAGGGCGUACAGGAGAGGGUCAUGGAAAGAUAUGAGUGUCCCUGGCCCCAGCUUAUCAAAGCCAGAAGGAAUUCUUUGAAACAAAUGAAGCAAACACGAUAUUAUUUACGCAAAAAUGAACAGCCCACCCAGGAGCGAGCCCGCAUGUACGUGGGAAAUCUACCAAUCAAUUUGUCGGAGUUCAAAUAUAAACAGAUCAUACAGAAAAUGCUAGACGAAGAAUCAAUGUUUACAAGUAUUGAUAUGGUCUAUGCACAGUAUGGCUCUGCUUGUGUGAGCUUUAUAGAUCACGAAGCUGCAGUGAAGGCUUAUUACAUCCUUAAAGAUACCACCUAUGAAGACAAGCUCCUUACCGUCUUAUUUCUACCAGAAAUCCAUUUGGAGAUGCUUCCUGAGGAUCAUUGUCCAUUACUUGUCUUUGUGAACACGCGCAGCGGAGGAUGCCAAGGAAUUGAAGUGCAGGACGCCCUCAGGAAAAUGCUUAAUCCUCACCAGGUGUUUGACCUGGAUCAAGGAGGACCGUUACCUGGGCUACAUGUUUUUAGUCAGUUGAAAGAGUAUAAAGCAUUGAUCUGUGGUGGAGAUGGUACUGUAGGCUGGGUACUGUCCUGUCUGGAUGAUAUAGGCCAAGAGUCUGUCUGCAGCUCACCGCCUAUUGCAGUGUUGCCACUUGGUACAGGUAAUGAUCUGUCGAGGGUGUUGAAGUGGGGUGGCGGAUACCAACAAGGUGAUGAUCUUUACCAAAUGCUGCAAACUGUUAUUGAGGCUGAAGAAGUCAAGCUCGACCGCUGGACUGUUGUCUUUGAACCUGAAGGCAAGCAUACAGAGAUUGACAAUAAAUCUAACUCCUCAAAUAGCAGCUCUGGAGAUGACAUGCCCAACCUCUUCGUCAUGAACAACUACUUUGGAAUUGGUAUCGAUGCCGACCUCUGCUUAGGCUUUCACAACGCACGUGAAGAGAAGCCAGAAAAAUUUAAUAACAGGGUUUAUAAUAAAAUAGUUUAUGUGAGACAAGGCAUGCAGAAGUUAGGCAGGAAGACCAACUGCCGAGAACUGAACAAAGAGUUGAAAAUUGAGGUUGACAACAAACUUCUGAAGUUACCCACCCUAGAGGGCAUCCUAAUUAUGAACAUAAGCAGCUGGGGCUCUGGAGCAGAUCCCUGGGGUUCCUCAGACGCCCAGGAUGAGUUCCAGCGUUCCAGCCAUGAUGACGGCAUGCUGGAGAUUAUUGGUCUGACGGGGGUCAUGCAUUUAGGACAAAUUCAGGGAAGUCUCAGGAAUGGUAUCCGGCUUGCUCAAGCGUCUCACAUUCGAAUAUGGAUGAAUUCUGAUAUGCCGGUCCAAGUGGAUGGUGAACCAUGGAUGCAGUUGUCAGGCCAAGUAGUAGUCAGCCGGUCAGCACUUCAGGCCACUAUGCUAAAGAAACGAAAACAUAGAAUAGCACGUCGGAACACAGAGCCCGCCAUCAGCGGCGACACUGCAGCACAACGAGACCAGGCAAAGCUUGUGGCUGUGAACAGCGAAGAGAUCGCACAGAUAUAAAAGAUAGGAAAUGAAGGAAGGAAUUGAAAUCUCAUGUAGAAGAAAAAAUCCUAGGCACAUGACUAGCGUGUACCAUGUGCAGAUAUUGUAACAUGCCAACCAGCUUGUUGUCGUUACUACAAGGAUGCACUAGGCAACUGUUACCUUGGUUACUGUUGAUGGGGAGUAUUGCAUGGAAAAAAACGAUGGUUGCAGGUUACUAGAGGUGUCACUGUUUGAAAGAGUGUUAAUGUAGCGAACCAAUCACAUCUCACCAUACAACUGAAAGUUUGCCGACGUUUGUAGUUGUAGAUAGAAGGUUUGUCUGUGCACUUGCCGAGGUCUGAAGAGGGCAAGGCUAUUCUCCUAGAACUGAUGGAGGCGCUUAGAUAAAUUUUGAUCAGCAGAAAUUUGUCUUUCAGUUGACAAUUUUACUUGGAUGUCAUUGUUAUGGUUAUCACUUGACAAAAAGAAAAACUUUUUUUGUAGAAAAUAUUUUUUACUAAUAUUUUAUCCUUGUUGAAACAAGCUAUUCAUUUUGAAACCCAAGAAAGGUACAGUUAAUUUUAUUUUUAUUAUUAUUGUUAUAUUAUUAGGAUAAUUUUUAAAGAACAAAAGUAUAAUAUAUAUUUACCAUCGUUUAUUUUUGUCUAUUUACUGAUUAUUGAUAUUAUUAUACCUUGCUAGUAUUACCAGAAAUAAAUAAUAUAUACACACAUUUAUAUCUAUAUAUAUAUAUAUACAUAUAUACAUAUAUAUUUUAAGUUUAUGGCAUCACAUGUGUGCAUUGUAAUUCCAGUCAUAUUGAAUAAUUCAGUCCGAGAUAAUUGUUUAUAUUAUAAGAAGUUGCUACGAUGCUGCCCUUUAAACUUUCAUAAUAUGUCGGCACAAAUCAGCCUAAGCGUUACGCACACCCCAUACCUUGGCGGGUCAUUCAUAAAUACAAAUGCACUUGUUUAUCUGUUUGAUGGUAUUGAAUAUUUUUAGCUGUUUCCGAUUCAUAACCAAGAGAGUAUGUAAAUAAAUUCUAGACUAUUUAACUUUAAACAACAUAAAUAGGAAUGAAUAUUGCUCUGGCCGGUCCAGUGCUUAUAUAACCGUUACAGGUCGUAUUACCAACACAUCAAUGGAAAUCGUAACUGUUGGCAUUUAUGCGAUUACAUUUAGAUGCAGAUUAAAUAUAUGACUUUUGAAAAGCAAUUUAAUUUUUUAUAAUCUAAAAAAAAUAUAUACAUUUUGUCAAUAAAGCAUUUUUGUAAAUUGGGGUUUCAGCAUUCUCUGUACCUGGCCAUUAAUUAUUGAUCCAAUCAUUUUUAUAUAAAAUUAAUUUUAAUUUAUUUUUUACCUUUGCAAUAUACACAAAUUUAAAAUAUAUAAAUGAAUAUAUUUUGACCCAUAAAAUUUGCGAAAUUAUUUAAUAAUUUAUCAUUAAUUAAACUAACCAUUUACGUAUCUUCUUGAUCUUUUGUACUGUAUUUAAAUUAAAUUGUACCUUUAUUAACAAUGCUGAUACCUGGUUGAAUGGCACAGGUGUUUUAAUAAAGGCUUCAUUUAAAGAACAUUUAAAUCACUCACAUUUUCCUGCCUAUAAAUUACUGCUAGAAAAUUUGUUCAAAGUAAUUUGAAAAAAUAUAAUGAACGUUUAUGAUUUUUAUCAUUUCUAAUAUUAGUAGUUAAUUAGGAAAUUAUGUUAGGUAUUGUAUUUCAUUGACGACAAUACGUUUUUAAUCAUGUGACGUUUAAUAAAACUAUCACAUUUGUAAAUUUCAAAUGUAAAAGGGAACUUGUGUUGAAACAAACAUGUAUAAUGUAUUGCAUAAGAAGAAGUACUUACCAUUUUUGACAUUCCCAAAACAUGGCCCACAAAUAGAACAUUAUAGUGUGGCAUCAUGCUUUAGCCUAAAAUUAUAAACUAUAUAAAAUUUAUGCUUCGCACAUGUAUACACCCACAAACACACCCGUAGACACAACCACAAUAUCCACAUUUGUUUCAGGAAUAAGCAUUGUGUAUAAUAUAGACACCAAUAGUGUAAGUAAAUCUGCAUUUUGGUAAUUAAUAGUUAUUGAUAUUAUUAGUAGGUUUUUAUGAAAUAUAAUGGAAUAAGAUAUUAUCGAAAAUGAUGUAAAUGUAUCCGUGUCAGUAGAAAGCAAAUGGUAAUCGCUUUUAUAGCUAUAAACUCAUUAAACACAUCAUCAAUAUAGGCUUGAUUUUUUUUAUGUACCGAUAUUGGAAGGUUGUUUAUAUACAGAUUGAAUUCAAUAUUACGCACCGUAAGUCACCAAAAUGGUCUUUCUGGAAUUUCUUCAUAAACGUUUUAAUCAAAAUUAGUGUACCUUCUUCUGGGUUAAUUAUUUGUUUCAUUUGAUUUAUCUCCUCAUAAAAUUCAAAAUUUCACCGAUAAUAUUUACAAGAACAAACAAAAAUAGAUAUCAGCAGUUUUGAGAAAACAACUUUACCUCACCACCAUAAAAAAAAUGGGAUCAGAGUUUAUGUCCUGUUAUGUAUUUUGUUAGUAUUUUGUCAGUUUACUUUUUUUAUGCUAGAUUGUUUGUUUAGAAUUAUACCACCAAAUUUAGAUACAUUUAAUAAUGAACAAAAAUGCUUAGAAAAAAAAGUUUUAUUUUAUAAAUGUAGUAAAAUUGAAGCUGAAUGUUAAAAGAAAAAAACCCGCUCCAGCCAAAUGCUUAUAACCUUGAAACUUAAUAGAAAUGAACAUGUAUUUUUUGACCAACCUAAGGCUCCUUGUACGUUAUACCACCUAUGAGAAAUACAAAUGGACCACCUAGGAUUGUGAUUUUAAUAUGUAUACAGAAUAUUUGUGUUAUUUGUUUUCAAAUAAUUGUAGAAAUUUAAGCAGGUAGAAAGUAAAGCCAAGUAGUUAGAUAUUUAGUCAAACAUUCCAGCAGAAAUGGAUUUAAUUUCAUAUUUUUUUGUAGUGCUUUUUUGGGGGUUUACAAUAACAGGAUGAUCACAACUCAAUUUCUGAUGAAUUUGUCUUGUAAAGUCAAUUUUCCCUCCCCACACUCUGAAUCGAUGUUUUUUAUCUAUCAUCAUAAACAUAUUGUUUGAUGUAGUAAGCCUAUUGAAGCUGAUGUCUACUUCGUUACCAUUGUCACAGUAUUUGCAGUAUCUUAUGAAUUGAAGCAGUUUGCCUCAGACUUGAAUUGAUGGUUUUGAUUGCAAAGAGUGAUGAACCUGUAGCAAUUGAACAGAUUUUUAUUUGUCAUGAGAAAUAACUUUAUUAGUUUCAUAGAUCAGCUAUGGAUGGAUACCCUAAAUACAUAGAUUAAUAAUGACAUUAAUAAUGAACUUCAUUACGAUUGUAGAUGUAUUAAUUGUUAUGCUCUGUUGAAUUUUUAAAUUGAUUAAGAAAAGUAAUUCACAAACUCGUUCCACUAAUUAGAUACAUUGUAUCUAAUUUAUUCAUCAAUCAAUCUACUAAACCCAAUUUCUAAUACACCCUUUCAAGGGAUAAGUGACCGAAAGAAACCGUAAUGAUAAUUAUAUUAAUUAGUAUAACGAUGCAGAGAUCUAAAGUGAACUACUAGCUAAUUGAACAUGGUUGGUUGGAGUAAAAAGAAAUAACUGGUGCCCAGCGAAGUCUUAACAAUUUAUGAAAUUAUUUUAAAACAGCAUUUUAAUGAUAAAGUAUUCUCUCAAGGCUUGGUAAAAUUUCCAUAACAUUUUGUCAUGUAAAACGCUUCGGAUUUGCACUCUAGUUUGGUUUCAUUUUGUAAGUCAGAUUUUUACCCAAACUAUAGCCAUAAUUCACAUUGAAGAGCAUACAUUUCGUAGAUAAGUAUAUAUCAGAAUUUUAUAUAUGUUAUAUUUUCUUGAAUACUUUACUGUGUUAUUUAUUUGA